AUGUCGCUCUCACAUCACAUUCUCAUUUAUGCUGAGCUUCUAUCUCAUCUCCGCCAAAUAUCCAUUGGUUGCACCCUGCCAACACCAGCCUCUUCAGCUACAACAUCGACGGUGUCUGCGAGUGGUCGAGCUCUUACCGUCACCCAUGACGGAUUCAGUGAGACCAUAAAGCUACCCAGGAUUGUAGCUCCCUUUACACAACUGCCUGUCAGGGAGUCAGGAAGCACUAGCCUGUCAUGGAGGUUACCGCUUGCUGCGACGCCGACCGGGCGUAUGCCGGCAUUAUCAGAGGAAUCGGCACCAUGGUCCGCUUUAGAUCUUAAACCGGGUUCAGAAGUGGUCUGCAGAACCUGCCAGUCAACCAUUGUGGACGUCGGCACCCUCAAGGUAUGGAAAGACCUGCCAAGCGAGAAUUGGGCAGAGAUGAUGGAGUUCUGGCACUGCCAUAAACCCCACAGCCACACACAUGAUAAAGACGAGGAGCACUUGACCACUCGUGGCUAUGGGGCAAGUUCACGCAUUACAGCCCAGCCUGGCGUAGGUUUUGUCGAUUUAACAUCAUUUCUUCUGGCAAAGUCGGACUUAGUAACUUCCCUGACCUCGCCUUCAAUAGAUUCCACCGAAGCAAGCAACCAAGCCCAAGGAAUUAUGACCUUACACUGUGGCUCAUGCCAGACACAACUAGGCGUGCAAAAUAACGACGUAUCAUCGGUAUCAAUAUUCAAAUGGCAAGUCGUCGUCCAAUUACAAGAGCAGAAAAUGCCAGAAUCAUUUCCGAGCUUAGCCCAAUGCGUGAGCGCGAUGCUCAUAGCAACUAUGGCUCGGUCAGGAUGCUCUCAAUCCAUCCUUCUCCCAAGCAAACACCAAUCAAAUGGCAUGCUACGCAGCCCGGAGUCGAAAGAUGGCAACCAGGGAAAAGAUUUACUCAAUAUAUGGGUAUUUAAUGCCAACUUCAUAUUUUCGUCAACUGAAGCACCUGCAUCUCCUAUCAACGCCAUGAAGGUAUUUUAUCGAACCGUCAGUCAGGAGGAGGCAGAUAAAAUGAUAGAGUCUAUGACUUUGGGUGUCCAGGACAUAUCUCUACCCUCUGAAGCAAUCGCUAUUCUAGUUGAUUUACUACAGAAGAGCAACUACUUCGUUCCAGUAAGCGAUCGCAGGUUCAAAGAUUGGAAUGUUGGUCUCCUGGAGAAGUGGGAUAACGAAGGCGGAUGGAAGCCUUGA